UUCUGUUGUUUCCGGAAGUGACGUCCGUGGAGAAAAUGGCUGUAGAAUGAGUAAAAGGGAACUAGAUGUCAAGAUCUUGUGACGAUUUCGCAAUGGUUUCAUUGGAGAUAAACUGAUGUAUCACAAGAGAAAUGGCUUACUCAUACAACAGAAGUCAUUCUAGAAAUUCCAGCACAGGUCUAGCAUCCAGUAAUUCUUGUCUCGAUGGAGUGCCUUUUAAAGUGGGACCGAAAUUCAAACCGCCACCAAGGGUUUUCCUACCACCUGAGUUGAGGGAUACAGCCAGUGCCUCACAAGUUGUGAAUGAUGAAUACCUGUUUGAGACGGAAGAUGCAGUGUUGCGGUGGGCACAAGCCAGAGAAGAGGCCAAGGUGGAACAAGAGAGGCUGAAGGCAGAAAAAGUGGCCAAUGCCAUCCAGGAGUUAUCUCAGCCACAGGAUUCAGAUGACAGUGAUAGCUCAGAUGGGGGGGAAAACGGAACAGCUGAGGCACCAUUCCAGGGAAGUGCAUUACUCCCCCAGCAAGCACCUGCACUUCAGCCCCAGCCAGCCCUUGCUACAAUGUCCAAUGAUAUCCUCACACCAGUUCCUAUCAUGCCAGCAAAGACUGUUGAACCAGCUCAACAAGAAACCACAAAAACUGUUGACCUUGAUCUCGCCCUGUUUGAGAGGGAGGAUGACCCAUUUGAGAAUGUUGAACGUCAGUUGAUAAAUGAAAUGGAGGAGCUCAAAACUCUGUUAGGGCCUCUAAAUAAUCCACCAUCAGACUUGUCGCCUAGCAACAAUACAACUAACUGUGAUACCAACAUGUCAAAUAACACGUGCAACAGUCCUGCUCUUAAUGGCGCCAUGUCAAAAACAGAUGUACAGAGCACAACAGCACAACAGCCUGGCAGUGAUGGGGAGAGGUUGGACAGACACAGUCCAGCACCAGUGUUCGUUCCUCAGAGUCAGCCCUUUGAGGAGGGCGACUAUGUUGAACUGAGGCUAGACUACAACAGUCAAGGGAGUAACAGUGUCUCCUUCAAGGCCAGUGACAAAGAGACAGUGGACAGUGUUGACAACAGCAGCCCCAGAGUUGAUCCUGCUGCUAGCAAUAAGAUAUACAGACAAGUGUUACCCCCUAUAGGUACCCCCAUGUCCAAAGUCCGACCAGUGUUGUCCCCAGGGCUUGAUAGUUUAGCGAAGACAUUAAGUGAAAACACUGUCCCUGAGCCCAGUGCGGCGGCUGUAGCGGCGAACCCGUCGGCUGUUAGCAAUGGCGUAUUGAACAAGUACAGUCGACAUUGUGAGACUUCUUCUGUCACAUGUGCACAACAGAGUGAGGCAAGUAUGAGAACGGCCCGAAGUAACCCUGACUUGUACUCCGAUCAUAGCAACGUGUCUACCGUGUAUCCUCUCUCUUACUCACCACCGUCAAGACCGUCGUCAGGACAGACCUGGAACCCCUACAAGCCCCUGCCCCCGACACCUGACGUCAUGUCCUCCUCGGUGCACUCCUCCUCCAGCAGCUCGGACCUCACCAGUCCCUCCGAGUUUGACCCGUACACAACCCUCUCCAGCGAGGCGCAGAAGUUUGCUGCUAACCUCAUCUCCAUGGGCUUCUCUCGACCACAGGUGGCUCGAGCUGUACAUAAACAGGGAACAGACGAAAAACAGGUGGUGGAGUACUUGUGUCAUGUUAACAAUCUGGUGGAGAAAGGAUUCAAUCCAAUCCGUGCUGAGUUGGCACUGAAUCUGUUCGACAACAAUUUCCCAAAGGCUGAGAAGUACCUCGAGAUGUUUGUGCAGUUCCAGGAAUUAGGAUUUGGUGAGGACAAGAUCCGAGAAGCCCUUGUCAAGGAGAACAUGGAUCGUGACAAAGCUUUGGACUUCCUCACUGCGUGACACACGCCACCAGAUAGAGCUGACACCGUCACUAUGAUCAACCUCCUUCGAUUGUUAGUUCUGUUACACGAUCUUUUAGCCAUGUGUAGUACAUGUACAACUACAAGACAAAACACUAUGUUAUCUUGAUCAGUCAGUUUAUUUUAUAUUUUUGUUCUACUGUUAAAUUUGUUUUGUCAACUGGAAACAUUUACUAGUGUGACAUUUCACUGUUAACGAAACCAAGUCGUGUAAAAUGUGUCAUGCCUGGCUUGAUGCACAGAAAUAGUGGAGGUAACUCCAGAACCAGUGUUGCGAGGUGGGGAUAUGCAUCACUGUAGUGAAAUGGUGUGUGAUAGCUUCACCAUUUGUCCAUUGAGAUUUGUUUUCAACUUAGUGAUCUCCUGUUUAACCUCAGUCUAACAGGAUGACAUGUUUGAUUGCAGUCAGUCAUAAACAGCAUUUCAUCCUAGUCCACGACAAAGUAACUUAUAGGUUUAAUGUAAUGCACCCUGGGAUCUGUCACUGAGGUAACUCAGGGGUUAGUGUUGCAGAUCAUCACAAGGAUAAUGUGUGUGAAGCCUUGUCUUAAAAUACCCUUACUUGUUCACAUUAGACACCAGCUCCAUCACUAGGCCGUGGUAUAACAUACCAGAUUUGUCACUAGGCCAGGUAUAACACACCAGUUUUGUCACUGGGCCAUGGUUUAACACACCAGCUCUGUCACUAGGCCGUGGUAUAACACACCAGUUUUGUAACUAGGCCAUGGUAUUACUCCAGUUUUGUCACUAGGCCAUGUUAUAACUCUAGUUUUGUCUCUAUGCCAUGGUACAACACUAGUUCUGUCACUAGGCCAUGGUUUAACACAUCAGCUCUGUCACUGGGCCAUGGUAUAACACUCCAGUUUUGUCACUAGGUCAUGGUAUAUGACACCAGCUCCAUCACUAGGCCAUGGUAUAACACACCAGUUUUGUAACUAGGCCAUUGUAUUACUCAAGUUUUGUAACUAGGCCAUGUUUGAUUGCAGUCAGUCUAGUUGCAGUCAAACUAGUUUUGUCCCUAGGCCAUGGUAUAACGCUAGUUCUGUCGCUAGGCCAUGGUAUAACUCCAGUUUUGUCACUAGGCUAAGGUAUAACACACCAGCUGUGUCACUAGGCCAUGGUUUAACACAUCAGCUCUGUCACUAGGCCGUGGUAUAUCACACCAGCUCUGUCACUAGGCCAUGGUAUCACAUGCCGGUUCUGUCACUAGGCCAUGGUAUAUGACACCAGCUCUGUCACUAGGCCAUGGUAUAACACACCAGCUCUGUCACUUGGCCAUGGUAUAACAUGUUGGUUCUGUCACUAGGCCAUGGUAUAACAUGCCGGUUCUGUCACUAGGCCACGGUAAAUGACACCAGCUCUGUCACUAGGCCAUGGCAUAACACACCGGCUCUGUCACUAGUCCAUGGUAUAAAAAACACCAGCUCUGUCACUAGGCCAUGGUAUAACACACCAGCUCUGUCACUAGGCCAUGUUAUAAGACACCAGCUCUUUCACUAGGCCAUGGUAUAACACACCAGCUCUGUCACUAGGCCAUGUUAUAACUCCAGAUUUGUCACUAGGCCAAGGUAUAACACACCGGCUCUGUCACUAGGCCAUGGUAUAACACUAGUUCUGUCGCUAGGCCAUGGUAUAACUCCAGAUUUGUCACUAGGCCAAGGUAUAACACACCGGCUCUGUCACUAGUCCAUGGUAUAACACACCAGCUCUGUCACUAGGCCAUGGUAUAACACACCGGCUCUUUCACUAGGCCAUGGUAUAACAUGCUGGUUCUGUCACUAGGCCACGGUAUAACACACCAGCUCUGUCACUAGGCCAUAGUAUAACAUGCCGGUUCUGUCACUAGGCCAUGGUAUAACAUGCUGGUUCUGUCACUAGGCUAUGGUAUAUGACACCAGCUCUGUCACUAGUCCAUGGUAUAACACACCUGCUCUGUCACUAGUCCAUGGUAUAACGCACCAGCUCUGUCACUAGGCCAUGGCAUUAUAUGCUGGUUCUGUCACUAGUAUAUGGUAUAAUACACCAGCUCUGUCACUAUUAUAUGGUAUAAUACACCAGCUCUGUCACUAGGCAAUGGUAUAACAUGCCGGUUCUGACACUAGGCCAUGGUAUAACAUGCUGGUUCUGUCACUUGGCCAUGGUAUAACCAGCAGCUCUGUCACUAGGCCAUGGUAUAACAUGCUGGUUCUGUCACUAGUCCAUGGCAUAAUACACCAGCUCUGUCACUAGGCCAUGGUAUAACAUGCCGGUUCUGUCACUAGUCCAUGGUAUAAUACACCAGCUCUGUCACUAGGCCAUGGUAUAAUACACCAGCUCUGUCACCAGGCCAUGGUAUAAUAUGCCGGUUCUGUCACUAGGCCAUGGUAUAACAUGCUGGUUCUGUCACUGUGCCAUGGUAUAACACACCAGUUCUGUCAUUAGGCCAUGGUAUAACGUGCCGGUUCUGUCACUAGGCCAUGGUAUAGCAUACCAGCUUUGUCACUAGACCAUGGUAUAUGACACCAGCUCUGGCACUAGGCCAUGGUAUGACACACCAGCUGUGUCACUAGGCAAUGGUAUAACAUGUCGGUUCUGUCACUAGGCCAUGGCAUUACAUGUCUGUUCUGUCACUAGGUUAGGUAUGUAUGAGGGUGAAUAUUGAUGAAGUCAAAUGAUUCAGAAUAGAUGAGUUAGAGUAGAUUUAUGGUAGAUUGAUCAUGAAAUAGCCAAGUGAUUUACUUUUGUUUUUAGGAAGAAUACUUUGAAAAACUGUGAUAUUUGUGAGCAAACACACCAAUGAUGGAAACACAUGUUUCUUAAGAAAGCUACUGUGUGUGGCUACAAGUUUGUAUAUCUGCAGUAGAAACUUCCCCAUAUUGAUAUAUGCGCAUUCUCAUGUGUGUGGGUAGGAGUUUUGAAUGAACACACAUCUGUCCGGGACAUGACCUAGUUGCUGCUACAAUGAGAGCAGCGGGAUGCAGUCAUGUUACUCUUCGUCAUGAUGUUUACCAGGGUAUAUAUAGAUGCUGUGGCACAAGAAGUGCCUGAUUAUGUCUAAGUUCUGAAAUAACUAAGGCAGACAAGUGAUAUUUUCAACAUCAUUUUUGACAACAGCAUGUUUCUUAUUUAGUAUUGGGCAUGAUCUUGUGAAUCGAAACAGCCCAUGCACCCAGUCUUACGAAUUCCUCAACGAGCAGGUGAUUAAGGGCAAUGUUGAUAUAUGGUAACUGAAGUGAAGAAACAUUAAGUAUCAAUUCAGAAUGAAGGGUUCAUGUAUAGAGCUCAACAUUUGCUAAGGACCAAAAUAGUCAUCUUCAGUUUAAGGUGUGGUCCUUAGCAAAUGUUGAAUUGAAUAUUAUUUAAUGGUUAGAACAUUGUCAUACUGUGUUGCCUGCUUGUAGGGCCCAUCAACAGUAUUGCUAUAUUGCAGGGCUUGCCAGGAGAACUGUGUUGUAGCUAAUGUUUUGUCUUUUAUUAUUUGCUCAUUGUCAGAUGAGGAUAAAUUGAAGCCAAUUCUUUUUUUCAAUUGUGCAAUAUUAACAGAGAUCUUAUGUAAUUUCUGCUGUCUUUCUAUAUUCAUGAUGUUUGUAACACGUUUUUGUACUUUUGUAAAGAAAAACAAUUUUAAUUUAAUUAUUGUAUAUCAUGUCAGUUUACUUGAUCACAACUUGUAUGUAUUACUAUUAAGGCCAGCCUGUUCUUUUCUUAUUUCGCAAUCGGCCUGUUGCAAAUUUUGCAGAAGUACAAAAAAGGUCACUGGAUUAAAAAAGGUUUCAUUAAAUGUAUGUGGGUUUUUUCAUAUCCCCACUUGUUAUGCUUGUUGAAAUGUUUUAGAUCCUUGUCUUUGAAAAUGUAUAUAUGAUUUACAGGAGCUUUAGGUGGGACAUGCAGAAUAAAAAGUCCAUACAAACAGUGAUGAAAGUCUGGCCUACAAACAACUUGUGAUCCUAUUUUCCAUGCAUGAUAUUAUUAGCGUGAUAAGCUGGGAUGUAACCUCAGUGUGUGUUCAAGGAUGUAUCUACACCUGCUUACAAGCCAAUAUUUGUCCCCAAGUCUGCAGCAGAUGCCAGUACAAAAAUUCUCAAAUUAGAAAUUAUAUUUUCCUAAUGCAUGUAGUAAGAUUAUGAUGAAAUGCUAUGGCUUUGUUGUGGCAACUUGUAUUACACAGAUUACAAGACAAUAAAGAGGCAAAGGUUACAAUGA